UCUCUCUUUAUUAAAAUAUGAUGACGAUCGGUCGGUGGCUGCGGACUCGUGGUCGAUUAAAAGUGAGUAUGGAAGCACUCUCGAUGAUGAUCAGAGACACGUGGACGCCUCUGAAGUCCUCUCCGGCGCCAAUUUCCCCGCUGCUUCCGAUUACAGUUCUGAUAAAGAUGAGCCAGAUGUUAAUGAAGUUGAAUCAUCAAUGCUGGGCUUACAAAGCUAUUGGGAUGCUUCCUAUGCGGAGGAUCUUGCAAAUUAUCAGGAGCAUGGUCAAGCUGGUGAAAUUUGGUUUGGGAUUGAUGUCAUGGAUACUGUUGCAAGUUGGACAAGAAACUUGUGUCUGAACUUGUGUCAACAUCAGAAUGUGACUGCAGAGAGCAAUUGUAAAUCUGAAAGCAGUGAUACCAUAAAAGAUUUGUCCUCCUGGAGUGUACUUGACCUUGGAACUGGGAAUGGUCUCCUACUGCAUGAGCUUGCAAAGCAAGGGUUUUGUGAUUUGACGGGUACUGAUUACAGUGAAGGAGCGAUUGAACUUGCAAGGAACAUAGCAAUCCGUGAUGGAUUUCCUAAUAUUAACUUUUUGGUUGAUGAUGUUUUAGAGACCAAACUGGAUAGAAAGUAUCGACUUGUUACUGACAAAGGCACACUGGAUGCUAUUGGGUUGCAUCCAGAUGGCCCCCUUAAAAGGAUGAUGUACUGGGAUUCUGUAAUGAACUUGGUUGCUCCUGGGGGUAUUCUGGUAAUUACAUCAUGUAACAACACAAAAGAUGAGUUGAUUCAAGAGGUAGAUAGUUUUAACCAGAGGAAUAUCGAUUCACAAAACUUGGAAAGAGAGGGAGGCAGCGAGCAGUCGGUAUUCAAAUACAUUGAUCACAUCCGUACAUAUCCAACCAUCAUGUUUGGGGGAGCGGAAGGUUCUCGUGUGUGCACUGUUGCUUUUCUUCGAAACUGAAAUUAGGAUGAUUAACGAAUAAAACUAGGGUGAUAUUUGACUUAAAACUGUUGUGUUACUCAGUACUCUUUUCAAAGGGUUUUUUUUUUUGUAAUGUUUAUUUAUGUUUGUAGUUUGGGAGAACGCUUUUAAGGUUUAUAUCUUAAUACAGAUAUUUGUAGUUUGGUCUUC